AUGGACUGUUCUUCUUCUCUGGACAUAUCUUUGAAUCUCAACACCAAGGCUUUUGGUCAUAGUUUCACCGCAGAACUUCCGGAGGUCAAGGUUUCGAGUUCUGCUGGUGUGGAAAAGAAAUGGUUGGUCGAAGACAAGAGUGCAAGUGAGUUAAGAGAAGAGCUAAACAGAGUCUACUCAGAGAACAAGAAGAUAAAAGAGAUGCUAGCAAUAGUCUCUGAGAAGUACUACGCACUACAUCAUCAUUUGGAGAAGCUUCAAGGCCUAAAGAGUCCUGACAUAGAUCAUAUCGGACAACCGCCGAAGAAAAGAAAACAAGAUCCGGAUGAGUUCUUAGGGUUUUCUAAAGGACUCAGUAGUGGAAAAAUUGAGAAUAGCUCAAGCAACCAAGAUCAUCAUCAGCAGCAGCAGCAAUUUGAGCAGAAAAAUCAGCUUAUUUCAUGCAAAAGACCAAUCACUGAUAGCUUUAACAAAUCAAGGGUUUCAACAGUCCACGUGCCUGCUGAUUCUUCCGACACAAGCUUGACAGUAAAAGAUGGUUACCAAUGGAGAAAAUACGGACAAAAGGUUACAAGAGAUAACCCCUCGCCUAGAGCUUACUUUAGAUGCUCGUUUGCGCCAUCAUGUCCAGUAAAAAAGAAGGUGCAACGUAGUGCAGAGGAUCCGUCUUUAUUGGUAGCUACAUACGAAGGGAACCAUAACCACUUAGGUCCAAAUGCUUCUGAAGGGGAGGCUACAAGCCAAGUUGGAUCAAGCACUGUGACUUUGGAUAUGGUUCAUGGUAGUAACAGAUUAUCUUUGGAGAAGAAUGAGAGGGGAACGAUGCAAGAAGUUCUGAUUCAACAAAUGGCGUCUUCGUUAACGAAAGAUUCAAAGUUUACUGCUGCUCUUGCGGCUGCUAUAUCGGGGAGGUUGAUGGAGCAGUCGAGAACAUGAAGCUUUCAGUGUAUGUUUUUGUUUUGGCUUUCUCUUCCCUGGAAAAUAGGGUGCCGUUUUUCUCUUUUGAAUUGUAGCUUUUACUUAAAAGGAUGAAAACUCAAGUGUACAUAUCUAAAUAUUUCAAGUAAAUGAAAAAAGUAAAUGUCACUUGUUUCAGAUGAGAGUUUAUUCACUUGAAUUAUUCAAGGAAAUUUUUUGUGAAAUAAUGGUCUGUUAAGUCUGGGCGUUCGGAUUUUGGUCGGGUUUUUCUGAUAUUCAGAGCCGGCCCUGGGCCAAGCGGAUGAAGUCCACCUUCUGGCUACCUUAAAAUAUGUAAACGAUCGGCCACAA